UUACUAAAAUAUCUUGCCUUAUAAAGCAUCAGUAAGCCAAAUUUCCGGUCAGAAAGAGUUUAGCAUUAUAUGAGGAAGACGUGUUGGGAUAAGAUAAAUAUUUUUAAAUAACAGUAUAAAUUUUGGAUAAUUUUUUUAAAGGUUCUAAGUCGGUAAAGAUAAUUAAAAUAUUUGAAAAGAUUUUCUAUUUCUAUGUGUUUUUUUAUUAUUAUGUUUUAUUACUUCACAAAUAAUUUCGAUGUAUUUUUUCUUUAAUCCACGCGUAAUGUUAGAAUUAUAACCACUCUCCAAGCUCGGGAAGGAAUAAGAGUGGGAUUAGCAAUACGUCGUUCAUUCAUCUCUUAACCGUUUUUUGUAUUCAUAUUGAACCUAAUACCAAAUAUGUAUCAAAAGUUUAAUACAAUAACUUAAUUAUUUCAGUAUUCGAGCGCAGGCAGCAGCAAUGCAAAGACUCAGCGAAUUAUUAUACGAACGUGUCGAAAGUGAUUGUGAGACAAAUAAACCGUUCAAGCUGUUAUUUUAUUUCUGGACUUGGAUUGGUAUUAAGUCGAAACCACGUGGCUUUUUGUCCACACUGCACAUGGUUUGCGUUUGGAUUAUGUUCUUUUUUACACCAUUCUUAGCCACUGUUGGUUUCAUACGUAAAUGGAAGGUAUCAACUGUAACUGAGUGCCUAUCAACAUUACAGGCGUUUAUCAAUGCUAUUGCCGCCUCUGCAAAGGCAUUUGCAGUCUUAAUGUACUUUAAGCGCAUAAAAAAUGUCGAACCGAUUAUGAAAGAUUUGGAUGAACGCUAUAAGAAACCACACGAGCGUCAGCAAAUAAGCGACUGUGUUGCAUCUUGUACGCGUUUAUAUGCGAGCAUAUGGUUCAUCUAUUACUUAUAUGGCAAUAUGAGUAUUUUAACAGCGAUUGUAUUACAUAAGCAACCAUUUGGCGGUUGGUAUCCAUUUCUAGACGUGAUUCCCAAUCCUACCGUACAUUUCUAUUCGUGCUUCAUAUUCGAAACGUGCUAUAUGUAUUUAUUAUUGACGGCACAAUACUUGAACGAUUUAUUCCCAACUUUAUAUAUGCGAACUAUACGCACGCACAUUCAACUGUUGAGAGAACGUGUCAGUCAAGUAGGCGCCGAUCCCGACAUGAGCGAUGAGGAGAAACACCAGCAAUUGAUCGACUGUAUUGAUAUACAUCAACAAAUAUUAAAGGUUGUGAACAUUGUCGGCUCCAUUUGUUCGCCAACUAUUUUUAUACAAUUCUCUGUUGUUGCCAUUGUACAUUGCAUCUGUAUGGUUAAUAUUUUCAUUUUCGCCGAUAAUCUCAAUUUGAUGAUAACGAUAAUAUAUUAUAUUACGGUAGGAAUGGAAAUCUUACCCACCUGCUAUGAGGCAUCGACGCUCGAGAUGGAGAGCUCUAAAUUGCCCGUUUCAAUAUUUCACAGCAAUUGGCUGGCUUUGGACAUGCGUGGACGAAAAUUAAUCAUCUUCUUUAUACGUCGCGCACAGGUGGACGUGUCCUUCGUCGCAAUGCAAAUGUUCAAAAUCAAUUUACAAACAUAUUUGGUGAUUGCCAAAUUCUCAUUCACUUUGUAUACAUUUGUGAAUGAAAUGGGCUUCGGCCAGAAUAUAAAGGACUUAAUGGAGUAAAAAAGGAAAGCUGUUAUGGGUAAAUAAAUGUAUGACAAUGAAAAGAGUAUUGGUGCCUAGGCGAUGGCCGGCUUAGAUUUAGUUUCAUUUAAUCAAGAUUGAAAGUUAAUUGCGUAAACUUUCGUUAAGUAGUAAGUUGUCAACACUAUUUUAUGUAGCAGCUACACAAGUAAUAAAUGUUAUACUUUGAUUUUAGCUGUUUUACAUUCUUAGUUAACUCAGUGAAGAUACCUACGAGUUGAGAGAAAUACUCUCC